AGCCUACUUCUAGAAAGUUUUUUCCCAGGCAAGUGUAUCUCCAAGCCUCACUCAGAUGUAAAUUCUGCUAUGUAUCAAAUUCUGUAUAAGCAUAUUAGAAACAUUUUCAGGCUUCUCAAGGAACCUUCUCCGUUACCAUGGACGCUGAAAAGAGAAGCGCCAAUCUCAGUAAUGCUGCUUUGUCUUCUUUCCUUGGCACAGCCGGAGAGGGCUCUGUACUUAAGGUUGCCAAGUUAAUGCAGCAUCCUUUUCCUGCCACCAAUCCUAGCCGAACCGCUCCCUCAUCCAGAUGCGUAGAGAGAACCAAGACUGAAGAGGGUGAAAUCAGUGUCUUUGGUGCUGAAAGAUACUUCAGCAUGAAGCUGGAUGAGGACAGUCCUAGAAGUAUUGAUAGUCUUGCUAGUAAGCAUGGGCUUAAGAAAGAUUACUGCGUUGAUCUACUAAAUAGAAAAGCAAAGAGCAGGACAGCAACUCCUAGCUUGAGCUCUGAAUCGAGUUGGAAUAGCCAAGCCGCUUUAUUACCAGGUUUCCACAGGCAACCACUCCAAAAUACCGAGAAGAAGGUAACCAGAAAGAUGCAUUUUUCUGGUCUUAUCUGCAAUAGGUCUUGUUCAGUCGAGAGAUCACUUGAGCAUGGAGGGAUUCAUGGAAUAGGGAUCAGGAAAAGAGCAAUUCAAUUUGAUCACAAUCAGGUCAGACAACGAUUUCAGGUCAAUGAUGAUCUUCAUAGCCCAACUUUCGGGAGGUCAAACAGAGAAAAGUACUUUUCCUUCCCAAUUUCAAGUGCUGGGGUGCAAAAUUCGACAGCUAAGUCGCAAUUUAAAGUGGAAAAGAUCAAAGAUGAAGAACCACGAAUAUCUCUCGAGGUGUUUGGAUCCCAUAUCAUGAAUAAGAGUGACAUUGCAAUGAACUUAGAGAGGAAACUCUCCAUCCUAACUUGGGAUGCCAUUCCAAAAUCUAAAAAAUUUUCAACUACUUCUGGAACUGAAGUUGUACAUGGAGAUAUGGGUAGUGACGCUAGUUCAGAUUUGUUUGAGAUAGAGAACCUAUCCGGGAGUGAAAACCCAGUGUUCACAAGGCAAGAAUCUGAUGGUAUGUCCAGCUGUAUCACCUCCACCACUAAGUAUGAGCCUAGUGAGACCAGCAUUGACUGGAGUGUUGUCACAGCCAGUGCUGCUGGAUUCUCGGCCAAUACAGCGUUUGAUGAAAAGAGACCAGAGGAAAGUAAUAACAUUCAUGGUCUGGCUAAAACCAAAUCCAUAGUUGACAAGGUGGUGCGAAAAAGCCGUCCGAGUGGACUGCUGGGUUGUAAGAGUCAGAAAGCAGUGAGUAUUGCUGAAACUGCAUACAGAGCCAAUGAGAGGACAAAUCUGACUCCCUAUGGCAGAAAAGGUCCAAUUCCUCGGUGUAAUUGUGGAAGUUAAAAAUAAGGCCAUGGUUGAUGUUUUUGAGUUUGAUAUGAGUGUCUGAUCUCUCUUUUGCAGUCUGCGUGUGUAUCUGUGUUCAUGUUGUAGCGAAUGUAAGGAGGCUUGGCAGCAGUGUUGAAACUUUUCUGUAUUGCACGAGUCUACAGAAAAUCGUGCAAUCUUCCUCAAUCUGAAAUAUUCUAUUUGUACUGAUUUUUCAUUUCAUAUACCCCACU